AUGGGGAAGCAAGUUAGGUAUCCUAUAGCUGACAAUGUUGCAUACAAUCAUUUAUCUAAACCUUAUCAGGAGUUUGUUGCUGCAACUUCAGUUCUAACUGAACCUGUAUCAUUUGCUGAAACCAACAAAGAUCCUAAGUGGAUUGAAGCACUGCACGCUAAAAUACAGGCUUUACAAGAUAACAAGACUUGGAAGCAGGUUGAUUUGCCAAAAGGGAAGUCUGCUAUUGGAUGCAGGUGGAUUUAUAAGAUUAAAUAUAAGUCUAAUGGAGAAGUAGAAAGGUUUAAAGCAACACUGGUGGAAAAAGGAUAUAGCCAAAAGGAAAGUAUAGAUUACAAAGAAACCUUUUUACCUGUGGUAAAAAUGAUCGCUAUUUUAGCCUUAGUUGUAUAA